AUGGUGCUCUCCCUGGAUCUUGAAGUUGCAACUGCAAUGGCCCCUGUCAUCAAGGCCAUGGCGUCCAUGCCACCUUUGGCAGCUGGCGACGUGGAAGGACGCAGAGAGCGAGCCGCUUCAGGACUGGCUGCUAUCAUUGAUACCAUAUCCAGCAGUCCCUCAGUCAAGAGGACCAAUCACGCAGUUUUAACGCCCGAUGGUGCAACCAUUACUGUGGCCGAGUUCCGCAAAACUGGCACUGCGAGACCAGCCAAGGCGAUUCUCUACAUUCACGGGGGUGGUUUGAUCUUUGGAAACGUUGACAUGUUUGAGAAGCCAGUARCGGCCACUGUGGCUAGGACGGGUGUCACGAUGUUUUCUGUUGGAUACCGAAAGGCUCCGGAACACCCUGAUCCAAUUCCCGUAACAGACUGCUGGACCGCCCUGCAAUGGCUUUCAAACAAUGCUGAUGAGUUGGGCGUCGAUCCUGGACGUAUCGUUGUCAUGGGUAUAUCCGCUGGCGGUGGACUUGCUGCUGGAACAGCUUUGUUGGCUAGAGACAAUGGCCUGAAUCCUCCUCUUGCAAAACAGAUCCUUACAUAUCCCAUGCUUGAUGAUCGAAACCUGACUCCACUGCCAGGUAUCGAACCUCUCGCUACCUGGAAGGUGGACGACAAUAUAACUGGUUGGGGAGCACUGCUCGGCGCGAAUGCUGGCAGCACAGAUCCCAAAGCUGUUUCACAAUAUGCUGCACCAGCGCGAGCUGAAAAUUUGGAAGGUCUGCCGCCUACGUACAUUGAGUGCGGGCAGCUGGACAUCUUUAUUUUCGAGGACAUGAAGUAUGCGACUCGUCUGGCUGAGGCGAGAGUGCCUGUGGAAUUUCACACCUAUCCUGGCCAGCCUCACGCAUUUCAGGUCUACGCGCCAGAGGGAACUUACACGAAGCUGUCGAAUGAGAAUGUCGAUCGGGCCAUUGCUUUGGUUUAG